AUGAGGCGAUCAGCAGCUCCAAGUCAAGUGCCAGGAAAUGUAGCCAAAAAGCCAAGGUUUAUGCCACCAGCAAGAAGUACCAUAGCUUGUCUCAAGAAUGAAAAAAAGGAGGUGGAUGAAGAAAUGAAAUUAAAGGAGAUUGAUGAGAAAGAGGAAACUGCUUCAUUGCUUUAUAAAAUAUAUGGCCAGAAUGAAAAUGCAAAUUUUACACAGUCUGUGGAGUCAACUGGCAAA